UCUUGCGAGGGUGAGGUGGGAGGUCACGCUGGACGUUCAUGUUUCUCUUCCGGUGCUGUAUGCUCUAUUCGGGAAGGUAUUAGGACCGCUGCGUCCAGCAGUGACAGGUUCUUCCUGUAGACCAGCCCUUCCAGUUUCUAGUCUGGUAAAAAUUGGACCGGUACGGUGGCCGAGGAGGUUUGAGCGCGCCGGAAGUGCUCCUCCGCGCGCGCGCCCAGCUUGGCUCGAGAAGCACGUGGCGCGGCCGGAGAGAGCAUGUCUUUCCGAGGCGGAGGUCGCGGAGGCUUUAAUCGCGGUGGUGGAGGUGGAGGCUUUAACCGUGGCGGCGGCAGCAACAACCACUUCCGAGGAGGCGGCGGCGGUGGCGGCGGCGGCAAUUUCAGGGGCGGCGGCCGAGGAGGAUUUGGACGAGGGGGCGGUCGUGGAGGUUUUAAUAAAUUCCAAGACCAAGGGCCUCCAGAACGUGUCGUCUUAUUAGGAGAGUUCAUGCAUCCCUGUGAAGAUGACAUCGUUUGUAAAUGUACCACAGAAGAAAACAAGGUGCCUUACUUCAAUGCUCCUGUUUAUUUAGAAAACAAAGAACAAAUCGGGAAAGUGGAUGAGAUAUUUGGACAACUUAGAGAUUUUUAUUUUUCAGUUAAAUUGUCAGAAAACAUGAAGGCAUCUUCCUUUAAAAAGCUACAGAAGUUCUAUAUAGACCCAUAUAAGCUGCUGCCACUGCAGAGGUUUCUGCCUCGUCCUCCUGGUGAGAAAGGACCUCCCAGAGGUGGCGGUGGCGGCAGGGGAGGUCGAGGAGGAGGGAGAGGAGGCGGUGGCCGAGGUGGUGGAAGAGGUGGUGGUUUUAGAGGUGGAAGAGGAGGAGGUGGGGGCUUCAGAGGAGGAAGAGGAGGUGGCGGGUUCCGAGGAAGGGGACAUUAGAUGUCCAGUUGGCACACCUGACCACUUGUGUUCCCGCUGCGUGGCCUGCUUUCUGCUGUGGUUGAAGUCUGUGUCUGGCAGUCUUGAGGAGGCCACUCCAUCAGUAGAGCUGACUCGGCGGCAUCAUGUAGAAACAAGGGGAGCAGGGCAGUCAGCUUUGCUCAGAAAGAGCACGAAGCCUGCUUGUACAGAGCCUGGCACUCUGUGGGUGCUUAGAGAACAACAGGACUUUUUUCAUUUGAAGCAUAUUUGGAUUUUUUUAAAUAAAAAUUUUUAUUUCCUUAGCUUA